AUGGCGGCGCUGGAGCCCAUGGAAACGAUGGAAUCCAAUCCAGCGAAUGAGGCGGCGGGACAGGAGCCCAACCAGGCAGCCAGUCCUGCGGAGGGGGAGAUGCCACAGCAGCCCACCGCCGAGGUGGGCCAGGCAGAACCCAAGCCGGACCCGACAAUGGACACCCCAGCUGCCAAGACGACAAACAAAACGUCCCAUCCGACCAACAAGGCAACAGCCAAGACGAAACCUGGCCCCACGGGACCCACCAAGACCACACUUGGAUCCCGGCCCAACACAUCCCAGAGCCGCCUCUCAAAUGGCACGUCCAAGCCCCAGACCAAUGGGGUGGCAAAGAAAACUGCCCCUGCGACGGUGAAUAAGAGCAACCCAGCUCCGGCUAAAAAAACAACGGCCCCGGUCUCCAAGAGCAAACUAGGUGAGAAGAAACCCACCGGGGCGGCCCCCACCACCAACGGCACAAAGCCGAUGACCGGAACAACAACAGCGGCAGCCAAGAAGACGGCGCCUGCAACCGCUGCUGGUGUCAAAAGUGGCACCGCUGCUGCAGCUGCCAAAAAGCCCCCAGCUUCCAAGACCGCCUCUGCAACUCCCACCAAGCCCAGUGCUGCUGCUUCACCCAAGCCCUUUGUUGCCAAGACAACCAGGCCCACGUCCGGCACCCCAGCGUCAUCUCGUCCUGUCACAACCCGGCCGCCUGCUUCCAGCACAGCCAAGAGCUCCCCGGCUGCAGCCAAGACGACCCCCCUGAAGGCCGCCACCGGGGCCAAGCCUGCUGCCGCCCGACUAACCUCCACUGCCCCCUCUGGUGGAAAACCUCCAGCAUUGCAGACAUCCAGGAACACAACCCCUGUGAAAAAAGAUGUUACCAAACCAGGCACCACGGCAUCCAAAAAGCCUGCAGACUCCCCCCUCGCUCUCUCUUCCAGUAAAACAAAGUCGGCAAAACCCGAGACCCCCAAAUCGGCCUCAAAACCGGACGCCGCUGCCAAAAAGCCUGCCCCCGCUAAGGCCACCACAAAGACACCCAGCCGCGCCAAAACAGACACUAAACCCCCACCUGCUAGGACCCCUGGCUCCAAAGCAGCUGCAUCCAAGACCGCCACCCCGAAGAAAACGGUGGGCAGCAGCACCCCGACUCCAGUUAAACGCGGACCCAAAGCUGCAAUUGUAGCAGAACCUGCCAAGGAAAUUGCCGCCGCCGUUGCUGCGGCGGCAGCAAUUGCAACCGCGGCAGCGGCUGUCGCAGGGCCGGAGGAGCCAGAACCAGCUGUGGGACCUCCUGCUGCAGAGCUCUUGUCCAGCCCAGCACUGCAAGAAGACACGCCAGAACCAGAACCAGCACCAGAACCAGAACCAGUCGCCUUACCGGUGCGGGAACCAACACCAGAACCCAUUCGGAUUCUGACACCAGAACCGGUGCGCGAACCAAGUCCGGAUCAAGCGUGGGAACCAUCUCCAGAGCCACUUCCAGAACCGCUGUCUCAGCCGGACUCUGAUCACGGCGCUGAACAAGUCAACGAACCAGCAUCCGAGGCUCUGCUGUCACCUCAGAUGGACCACUUCAAAUUUGAGGAGUCUGCCAAGGAAUCGGUUCCUUGCCUUGGGACGACUGUCAUGUCUCCUCCUUGUUCCCCACCGGGCGCCGUGUCCCCCGUCAGAGAGCCACAGAACGCUUCUCUGCUGGACAUGAACAUCCAGCCCGACCUCUGGGGUGACAACCAGGCCCUGGGUCCGUCGGACCUCGCCCCCCAGAGCCUCGUCAAUGCCAUGGACUUCUACGCGGAAGAGGAGGAGGAGGAGGAGGAGGAGGAGGAGGAGGAGGAGGAGGAGGAGGAGGAGGAGGAGGAGGAGGAGGAGGAGGAGGAGGAGGAGGAGGAGGAGGAGGAGGAGGAGGAGGAGGAGGAGGAGGAGGAGGUAGUAGUAGUAGAAAAAGAAGAGGAGAAUAAACCGGUUGACUCCCACACAACAAGACUGGUGGAAGAGGAAGAAGUAGAAGAGAAGAAGAAAAACCAGGUGGAGGAGGAGGAGGAGGAGGAGGUAGAAGAGAAGAAAAACCAAGUUGUGUUCCAAACAAAAAGAGAGGAGGAGGAGGAGGAGGAGGAGGAGGUAGAAGAGAAGAAAAAACAGGUUGAGGAGGAGGAGGAGGUAGAAGAGAAGAAAAACCAAGUUGUGUUCCAAACAAAAAGAGAGGAGGAGGAGGAGGAGGACAUAGAAGAGAAGAAAAACCAGGUUGAGGAGGAGGAGGAGGAGGACAUAGAAGAGAAGAAAAACCAGGUUGAAUCCCACACAACAAGCGAGGAGGAAGAGGAGGAGGAAGAAGAAAAAGAAGAGGAGGAGAACUUGUUCAUGUCGACUGCUGCAGCCCCACCUGCAGCGGCCUUCAUGAUGGCCUCGCCUGUGGGGGACUUCACCCCCAGAGACCUGAUCUCCCCACAGGAGGAGGCAGUGGAAAAGGCCGAUGAGGAGAUAAAUGACGACAACGAGGAGGAUGAGGACGAUGAAGAUGAGGAGCAGAGGCGACUGGGCCACCAGCCUUCGUCUUUGGUCACCGACAUGAGCACGUCCCAGCCCUCUGAAGAGUUCCAGGCGUGGCCCUCAGCCUUCGGCGUCUCCGCCGCGUGGCACGCCGACGACCCGCUGUCUGGAAUGGACUCGGAGGAUGUGAGCAGCUGCACCAGCAGCCGGCAGCAGGACGUGUCCGACCUCAGCAGCACCCAGCACACGGCGCUGCUGGAGGGCACCCAGAGCUCCGACGCCCUGGUCGACUCCAGCCUCCGCGGCUCCGAGGGAGACGCAAAUCUUAUGGGUUCCCCCAACGUGGAAACCCUGGCCAACGAGGAGGAGGACGAGGAGGAUGACGACGAUGAGGAGGACGAGGAGCGGGUGGACGACAUGGACCUGAGUUCGGAGAGAGUGGAGGAGCACCACAAGGCGUUCCAGCAGCAAGAGCGCGAUGAGGACGAGGAGGACGAAGACGUGGAGAUGCACAGCGAGGGGGUGACUGAGAGCUGUGGGAAUGUAGACGAGGAAGACUUCCACGAGGAGGAGCGCUUGGACAACCUCAAUCGCUCCGGGGCUUCGCCGUGCGCCCCCCCUGCCUCCUCUUGGAGCCAGUCCAACCCCUUUGGCGAUACCUGGGCUCAACAGUCCUCCCUCAGCGCCGCGUCCAACCACGGCGCGGCCGAUCCCGAGACGCCAAUCCUGUCUCCCGCGCAGGUCUGCGUGGACAGCUGUGACCCGUACUCCGCCCACGAGGAGGCAACGAGCUCAGGGGACGAGGAGGCUCGUGUCCCGUCCCCUGCGGCGGGCAUGUCCCAGCCCGCUGCCGCCGCCGCCUCGGCUCAGGCCCCCCCCCACAGCAGCAGCGAGACGAGCACGCCGGAGGAGCUGCAAGACUACGACAGCAGCUCCGGCGUGGAGUCGCACUCCGACAAACGGCAGACCCCGGUGCCCUGCGCGGUCCAGGCGGACAUGGAGCAGGACCUGGGCAUUCACCUGGAGAAAGGCGACGGAGAGGAGGAGGAAGCGGAGACGCUGCCGGCCGACGAGGUCCUCGGCACGGGGCCCCCGACCGCGCCGGCCUCCGCCCCGUCGUCCCCCUCCACCUCGGGAGACGAGGCCAGCGACACGGAGGGCGAGAUGCAGAUCAACGAUCCCGACGCUCCGGCGGUACCCGGCGAGAGCGCGGGAUUCGAAAGCCCCCCUCCCGCCCGCAGCCUGCCCGCCCUCGACGAGGACGAGGAGGCCGGGGACGCGCCGGCCGGAGAGGGCGAGGAAGACGGCGGCAGGACCACCCCCCAGUCGGCCAACUCUGUGGCGUCGUAUGGCUUCGACUGCACCACGUCCAACUCAAACGCCCACUCCAUGGCCGAGAGCUGCGGGAAGAGCCCGGGGAUCUUCUCCCUGGAGAACGAGGAGCAGCUUCCGGAGGAGGCCAAGGACCCCUCCCUCAUCAAGGAGCUGACCCUGCCCUCUGCUGCCGGCGCCGCCUUCCACGCAGAGGAGCUGUUCGGGAGACCCGUGGACCUCGUGCCUUUGAGCCACCCGGGCGACAACCAGCCCGGCGGUCUCGACGAUCACCGCUACGUGCUGGGGGGCAAGAUGGCGGCGGACCACCUGCAGGAGGUCGAUCCGUUGGAGCCCAACAGCCUCCUCCCUGGGGGCGGGGGAUCUGGAGAGAGCGCCGACGGCCAGCCGCCCUACUACUCCACCAUUUGUGAUAAGACUGAUAGUUUUCUGGCAGGAGACGAGAAGACGGCCGAAGAGCAAGCGCACUCGCGGGAAGACAACCGCAACCAGAACCACUCCGCUGCCGCUCCCAUAGCCAACGGCCACUACUUGGCCCUGGUCCCGGGCAACAGGAGGCCCAUUGACCCCGCUGUUGCCGCCCAUUUCGCCAAGGUGGCUCUUCCGCCUCCCACCCCUUCUCCUCUGAUAGAGACCAAGGUUGGCGCCAGUGGGGACCAGCUCAGGAAGCUGGAGCAGCACCAGGGGAAGCUGCGAGAGAUGCAGCACCGGCAGGAACAGGAGAGGCAGAAGAGGCAGUGGCUGGAGGAGGAGCGCCUGAGGCUGGACCAGCAGAAGCAGCUGGAGAAGCAGCGGCGGGAGCUCCUCCAGCUGCAGCUGCAGCAGCAGCAGCAGGAGCACCGGCACCGUCGGCAGGUCCUGCAGUGGCAGCUGGAGCUGGAGCAGCAGUACCGCAUGCAGCAGAAGCAGAUCCAGCAGCAGCAGCAGCAGCUGAGGAGGAGCCCGACCGGGGUCAUGCUGUCCCCGUCCUCGGGGCUCUGCACCAUCUAUGAAGCCAUGGAAACCAGCGACGAGGAGGACGAGGCCAGAGAAGGAGGGAAGAACAGGAACGCGCAGGUGCCAGGGAAGAGGGGGGCAUCCUCCCGGGGUGGGGGGGCCACCGCCGCCGCCGCCGCCGCCACAGCUGCCCAGGACUUCCAGAGGCAGCUACGUCCGGUCCCCCCACAGGAGCUGGAAUGGAACAGAAAGGUAGACAUGGUCCAGCAGCUCAUAAACCAGACCCUGAUGCUGUCCGGGGACGCGGGCUGUCCUCCCCUCCUCCUCCUCCCCGUGGGGUCCGGGGGCACCUUGAGCCCCCUGGAGAGCAGCAUGUGGCCUCUGUUGCCGCAGGUCAGCCCUCCUGCUGCCACGGUCACCUCCGUCAGCAGCUACUCCCCCGACAGCCGGGGCAGCUCCCCGACCGGGGACUGGACCGUGGUGGAGGUGGAGACCCAGCACUGAAGAGCGACCAGGCGGGCAGCCCCCCCAACCAAUCAAUGAGUGGAACUUUAAAGGAGCGCUUCUGCAUUUUGGGAAAUGAUGCUUGCUAGUAAAGGGUUAGCGUAGAGAUAUUAAGCUACAGCCGACAUCCAGUUAGCUUAGCAUAUAGAAAACUCAUUAGGUCAUCCAACAAAGUAUAGUUUUAUAGGGACUCUGGGAAGUUCAAUUAAAAGCCCCUGUAGAUAAAAACAAAACCUUUGUGUGUUAAUCUGAUAGCUUUAGAACUGCAUUGUGUUAGUGAUGAAUAGAGGGAGGCUAACCCGCUUCCAGUCUUUAUGCUAAGCUAACCUGCUGCUUGCCGCAGCUUCAACGUUGAACACAAUCCUCUCACCCAAGCCACAGUGGGUCAGCUCGUUUCCCAUAACCCUUUAACCAUGCUUAGGACUGUUAAUCAUAUCUAAAGCCACACAGGAGUAGCCAUCACAAGUCUCGCCAUCAUGUGACCCCCACACAAUUGAUUUCCCUUCAUCCUCCUUGGUGCUGUCAGAGCUAAACACACCGUAGUAGCACCGAGUCAUCGGUGGAUGUCACCCAGUCAUUUAUAUCUCACGCACACUAAAGCAUGCUUCCUUACCAGAGGCGCUUCAUAGCAAGUCCUCUGCUUUCUCACACUGCCGCCCGGAUGCACUGUGACCGUCUUAGAAACACUGUGGUCGUGUCCUGUGAGCCUUUUAUGUGUCCAAACCAGAUCCUGAGACCAGGCAUUGGUCCCCCUCUCCAACGAGAGGCCCAGCUAUGACAAAUUGCACUAGUUUUUUCUUCUAUUUAUUGUCACAGGUAAGUGGCCCCACUGUUAAAAGGUGUUCAUGUUUGUGGAUUUAAGAACCACAAGAAUCCUUAUUGCUGUGAUGCUCCAAUAUGGUUGCACCCCCACCCCCCCCCCCCUCCCCCUUCUAAUCCUAACAAACCUACAUGCACUGGUCUCUGGUCCGUCAGUGUUGCCGUGACCCCCCAGGCAGCCGGGUUCUCAUGGACUUGGAAGUGUCUGUCAUGGAGGGAGGGGGAGAGAAAGAAGAAGGUCCUCCUUGUUUUGCAGCAAGAAGAGGGAUGGUUCGGAGGGGGCUGAAAUCGCAGAACGGGUGGGGGGGGGGGAUUAUUGGUGUCUUCCCUCUUGCAUUCCUAAGUUGUGACCUCAUGUCGCCCGGCAUUCAGGGGGUCUCCUGGGUUACCGAUGAUGUCGUGGCGGGAGAGAAAGCAGGACGUCUGGGAUGAGACAAUGCGUCCCCCUGGAAGGGGGGGGGGGGGAGGGCAGAAGGGGGUCUGCCAGUGGAGCUCCAUGUAUUCAGUAUAAAAUAACUCCAUCCUGCGUGUGUGUUUUUUGUGCCAUGUAUCCGCUUUAAAUGCUUUAAACGGAUCAGGGCGGCUUAUAUCGGUAACUGUGAUUUCUCUGAUGUCGCGCCGGUAGAGAAGAACAAAGAGAAACACCUGUGUCUACCUCCGUGUCUGCAGGAGACAAAGAGGGUAGAAAGGAUAAAAAGCAGCAUCGCCACCUGUGGGCUGCAUGAGGGGGACACCUGAUGAGAUCUACAGUAAAUCCUUCCACCUGCUCCAUUUAACCCUUCACCUACUGCUCCUCACUGCUGCUACGAGCAAUAUGCACAAUUUUUACAGGAGUUACGAGGUUCUCGAGCUAAUAUUUAUGACCUUUUAAAAGCAGCAUGUACAGACAAGUUUUCUAAAUUAUAUGACUAUACUGCAGCCACACUGCAUGUUUUGUUAAGAUAUCCAACGUAUGGCCAUUGCUGCUCUCUGCUGCUAUAUAUCAGUUUCUAUAUCUAUUUAUCGCUAAGCACAAUCAACAAUAAUGCAUGCAUUUAUAACCUUUAUAUGUGCGCCUAUAUUGUUCUAAUAUAACAGUGCCUCGUUCCUUUACGUUUGUAUUUUUGUGCAACUUUGCCAUAAAGGUUCAUAUGAUGAAAUUUAAGUGUUAGUAUUUUAAAUCGUGAAUAUUUGUGGUCUUUUGUAUUGCGGAAACUUUUUGUGGUGUUGUGCCAAAAUUCACUGCUCCCAAUAUUAAAUAAAAAUUGGAUCUAGAGCUUGUGUAGAACUGUUUAUGUUCACUUUAUGUGGAAAAAAAUAAAAGAACUGAGACAUUG